GAAUUAUUGGUUUGACCCGCCACCGAAAAAGUUAUCCGGUCGAACGUUUUCUUUUUCUCAGAGCCAGAUGAUGGUUCAAGCCGAGGAGGAGUAAUUCAAGUCUCAAAACAACAAGAAUAAGAUCAUAGGUUGAGCACUCGAGCUCAAUUGACAUUGACCUCCCUCGACGAACAUAAGCCCAGACUCGACCCCCAGGAAAAACGGGCGUCUGCUGGGAAAUAAUCUACCGACCCAGUCUAGCAUUCCGAUUAUUUUCUUGUCAGGAGAAACUAUGACCCGACUAGUUUCCUCAUCCAUCGGCCCUUUUCACAGUAUUUCUUCUCAUUUUCGUGUACUCCUCCUACUAGUUGGCGUCCGGCUUUUGCUGUUAUCCUUUUCUAAUCAUUGCCGAUGUUCGUUCAUUGAGGGAAUACUGAAGCCCUGAAGUGAUUUUCAGGUCGAAGUGCCGGCGUUGAACACUGCAUCUGUUUCAGGGCAAAUGGAACGGAGAAUUUGGUUAAAGACGGUUAUUUUCGUAUCUAUAUUUCUGCUCUCACCCGGAAGAGAACUCAAAAUCAGCGCGAAGCUCAAAUCUGAUUUGGCUGUUUAUAACCACACCCUCGCCAUGAUCUUGGUGGAAUAUGCUGCAGCAGUCUAUAUAACAGAUACAAUUGAACUCUUUACUUGGACUUGCUCCAUUUGUGAUGGUUUAACCAAGGGAUUUGAUAUGAUUGAGCUGAUUGUGGAUGUCCAUUAUUGCCUUCAGGCAUUUGUUGGAGUGGAUCCUAAUAUUAAUGCUAUUGUUGUUGCAUUUAGAGGCAGUACAAGCAGCAUACAAAACUGGGUUGAAGAUCUAUACUGGAAGCAGCUUGAUUUAAAUUAUCCAGGAAUGGAUGAUGCAAUGGUGACUGCUAUCCCAAAUUGUCUGGCCCUAUAAACUCUUUUAUGAUCACACAUACUUGCAUACAUAAAUGUGCAUGUAUAUACACAUAUAUCAUCCUUGCUUCCGUCUUUCAGGUGCAUCAUGGAUUUUAUAAUUGUUAUAACGAUUCCAAAAUACGUUCUGGGGUGUUAAAUGCUGUUAAAGAAGCCAAAAUGUUCUACAGAGAUUAUCAGAUUAUGGUGACAGGACAUUCAAUGGGAGGUGCAUUGGCAUCCUUCUUUGCGCUGGAUCUUACGGUCAAUUUUGGUGCUGAAGAUAUUCAAGUUAUGACAUUUGGACAGCCUAGAAUUGGCAAUGCAGCAUUUGCAUCCGGUUAUAGCCAGCGUGUGCCAAACACUAUCCGUGUCACGCAUGGUCAUGAUAUUGUGCCUCAUUUGCCCCCAUAUUUUAAUUUGUUUCCUUCAAAGACAUACCAUCAUUUCCCAUUAGAGGUUUGGCUUUAUAAUAUUGGUUUUGGAAGUUUAGUUUUUGCAUCAGAGAAGGUUUGUGAUGGUUCCGGGGAAGACCCAACUUGCAGCAGGUCAGUGACGGGGAACAGUAUUUCAGAUCAUCUCUCAUACUAUGGUGUUCAGCUAGGAAGUGAGGAACCAGUUUCAUGCAGCAUUGUCAUUGAUUCUCGUAUUGCUAGUUCUAGGACACAAAAUCUUAUAGGGAACGUCGUUUUACCCAAGAUAUCAUUGCUGGAGUCAUAAGAAUGUACUCAGAUAUUGUUUACCAGAUAAUAUAACUGUAAAUAAGAUUUGGCUGAUUAUCUUUUGGCCCUACACAUUGUCUUUAUGCCAUGGUAGGUCCGAUUUUUUUUUUCCACAUGUAUAUUUGUAUUUUUUGGUUUGAGAAAUUAUUUUAACAUGAUGAAAAUAUUUCCUGCGUCCUGAAUGGCUGAAUUAUUAU